GUAUGUUAAGCUUCAGUAUUUUGAUACCGUGUUAAAUUAUGAAAAUCAACUGACCAAAAGUUUAAACUAUCAAAUAAUGAGGUUUUAGUAUUUAUAUUAAAUAGUAAUUUAUAUAUAUAUCUUUUUAAGAUCAAGAGUGCUUAAGAGUUAAGCAGUCCAUUUGAUCUGCUUCUUUCGUGGCUCGCUCCACGUUAACGUCGACCUCCGCAUAUUAAAGUCACGUCAAUGCAUUUCCCCAAGUCCGCUACUCAUUUCCCGCAAAUCACAGGGGAACGUUGAAUUCACGUCUAAACUCAAAAACCCUUCAAUAAUCCUAGCCCUAUAUAAACCCUAACUAGCCAUGCAAAAAUAUAUACACAACUAACUACGAGCAUUCACCACUACAAACUCACUAAUUAACUCUAUCAAAAUUCACAUACCAACAUGGCUUCUAGUACUGCUGCUACCCGCUUCCUCUUACUCUUCUUCCUCCUCUGGGCAGCGUCGGCCACCACAUCGGCCGCCCGCACCGCGAGGAACAGCACGUCGGCGGAGGAAUCCGUGCGGCGCAUGCACGAGCAGUGGAUGGCGCAGCACGGGCGCGUGUACAAGGACGCGGCCGAGAAGGAGCGGCGGUUCAGGAUCUUCAAAGCGAACGUCGAGUACAUCGAGUCCGCCAACCGGGCCGGCAACCGGUCGUACACGCUCGGCCCCAACCGCUUCACCGACCUCACCAACGAGGAGUUCAGAGCCUUGUACCUCGGGUUCCGGCCGACCCCACGCCCCGAUGCGGCCGCACAGUCGCCGUUCAGAUAUGCCGACAGCUCGACACCGGAUAGCAUGGACUGGAGGUCUCAAGGCGCAGUUACUCCCAUCAAAGAUCAAGGAUGUUGCUGGGCAUUCUCGGCGGUGGCGGCGACAGAAGGGAUCACCAUGAUCAGAACAGGGCAGCUGAUCUCUCUGUCGGAGCAAGAACUUCUCGACUGCACCGGUUCUAGCAGCUCGUGCGACGGCGGCACCAUGGAUGCCGCCUUCCAGUUCAUCGUCAGCAAUGGCGGCCUGGGGACCGAAGCCACCUACCCGUACCAGGCAAUGCAGGGCACGUGCAACGCAGCCCAGUCGUCCGCAGCAGCCACCAUCAGCGGCCACCAGGACGUGCCGGCGAACAGCGAGUCGGCCCUGCUGAGCGUGGUGGCGAACCAGCCGGUGUCCGUCGCCAUCGACGGAGACGACAUGAAUUUUAAGCAGUAUCAAGGCGGCGUUUUCACCGGCCCGUGCGGGACGGAUCUGAACCACGCGGUCACGGCCGUCGGGUACGGAACGGCCGACGACGGAACUAAGUAUUGGCUCAUAAAAAACUCAUGGGGAACGGCGUGGGGCGAGGGUGGAUACAUGAGGAUCCAGCGAGAUGUGGAUUCUUCCCAAGGAAUGUGCGGACUCGCCAUGCAAGCGUCUUACCCGACCGCAUAAUCCGUGUGUAUAUAUAUAUAUAGUUCGGCUACUAUGCUAUUAAUAGCACGAAGCACUUGGUGCUACUAAGUUUUCCGCCGUUAGAUCUACCCUUUUGA